GCAGCUUACUUUUAUAGGUGUGGGCUGGGGAUCUAGAUUGCGAGCAUGUUUUCUGCUAGCUUAGUGAAGGGACUAUACCUUUAAGAACAUGGAGGCAUGUCUUCUGACGAAAUUUUCUGGAGUCUGGCAACUGGAGGUGGACGUCGCUAAACUCAAUACAGAGAAUUGGGUACUAAGAGCCUGCUAAUAUUGUUUAUUUGUACCGGUGCUGGUAUGUGAAGCUAAGUUGAUGUAAGGAAGAGAUUCGGGCCCAGCGGUUGUCUUCUUCAUUAGAGUUACUUUGACUGUGUGUGUGAACACCACGGUUACCCUACCCCGGUUUCUUUAUUAGGAGGUUAGCUACCAAAAAGCCUGCUUUUGAAAUUUGUCAUCUGUUUCCGUUUGGCAGGUGUCGAGCUUAAAAGAAGAUCUUGCGUUAAUGAAAGUUUGCUCUGAUUUUCGCGCUAGGGAUGUCAAGUGUCAUGUUAAAGUGAAGCAGAAGGGUUCUGUGCUGAACAUGCUCAAACGUUUGGACAAAAUAAGGUUCAGAGGUCACAAACGAGAUGAGUUCCUUGAUUUAGCAGAGUCACCAAAUGCCUCCGACAAUGAAUGUGGGGAUGAAAUUCCAAUGAAAGCUCCUCGAUUAUCUGUCCGAGACAUUGAGGAUCUGAAAGACCCUGCUGGUCCAGGGACCCUUAACAUGGCUUCAGGAGUACCGGAUUAUAACAGAACAGAGUCUGACAGAUUGAAUGAGAUCAAAGGACAUCUAGAAAUUGCCUUACUAGAAAAGCACUUUUUACAGGAAGAACUACGGAAACUGAAGGAAGAAACAAAUGUUGAAAUCCUCAGACAAGAUUUGGAAAAAGAACGACAAAAACGACUAGAACUAGAACAAGUACUGAAAUCAAGGUGUGAAGAGUCAGCAGCUCCACAGCCCUCAAAAGGUCAGACCCAGGUCAAUGGAACAGAUAAAGACAGUCGAAGAUUGAGCUCAAGACUUCAAAAGUGGUUCUACGGCAGAUUUGGCGAGUACAUUGAAGAUUUUCAGUUUCAGCCAGAAGAAAACACAGUAGAGACUGAAGAACCUUUAAGUGCUAAAAGAUUAACAGAAAACAUGAGAAGACUAAAAAGAGGUGCCAAACCAGUCACAAAUUUUCUGAAGAACCUCUCAGCCUUGGCAGACUGGCGUUCUGUCUACACUUCUGCAAUUGCCUUUAUUCUUUACAUGAACGCUGUGUGGCAUGGAUGGGCCAUUCCUAUGUUCUUCUGUUUAGCAAUUCUGAGGUUAUCUUUAAACUACCUCAUAUCAAGGGGUUGGAGAAUUCAGUGGAGCAUCGUGCCUGAUGUAUCUGAGCCAAUUGAGCCUUCAAGAGAAGAUCUAACAGUGUCAGAAAAGUUUCAACUUGUUCUGGAUGUGGCACAGAAAGCACAGAACCUCUUUGGCAAAAUGGCAGAUGUACUGGAAAAAAUUAAAAACUUGUUUAUGUGGGUCCAACCAGAGAUUACACAGAAGUUGUAUAUAAUGCUAUGGGCGGGAUUCAUAGCAUCUUGCUUUUUUCCAUACAGAAUUAUUGGCCUUAUGAUAGGUCUUUAUGCAGGAGUGAAGUUUUUUCUCAUUGACUUUGUUUUCAAACGGUGUCCAAAACUUCGAGCCAAGUAUGAUACCCCUUAUAUCAUAUGGACAACUCUGCCUACAGAUCCCCAGCUUAAGGAACGGUCAAAUGCGACACUUUCUAGACGGCUUUCAGGGCAUGACAAGAUACAGCCUGUAGUGUCAAGAGGUAACCUAGGCUCAAGUACUUCUUCAGGAGUCAGUCGUGAGGAUGAUGGUCGGUAUCACAGCACUAAAAAAGGAAGUUUUCAUGAAGUUUUUAAUUUGCUGGAUAAUGAGCGACCUCUGGCAGGAUGUGAAAAUGGUUGGCGAUGCUGUCUUAUAAACAGAGAUAAAAAGAUGCCCAGUACAGAUUACAUAAGGAAUGGAAUCCUUUAUGUUACUGAAAACUACUUAUGCUUUGAAAGUUCACGGUCUGGUUCAUCAAAGAAAAAUAAAGUAAUUAAGCUGAAAGAUAUAACAGAUGUUCAGAAGUACAAAGUCUUGUCUGUUCUUCCAGGAUCAGGAAUGGGCAUUUCAGUAUCUGUGCCCUCUUCACUAAAGCCACUGGUGUUUGGUGCCAUGGUACACAGGGAUGAAGCCUUUGAGACAAUUUACAACCAGUACCAGAAAGUGACAGCUGCAACUUCCAGCAGUGAAACUUAACAUCUUUGAUUUAGUGAAAUGUGGGUUUAUACUGAAGCUCUAAAUGGGGGGAGAAACUCAUAACCUACUUUGUUAUAAGUUUUUCAAGUUGUGAGCCUGUACUGUACAGAUUGCCUAAAAAGUCAUAUUUUGUAUAUGCCUUUAAAACUUGUUUUAACAUUUUGUAGGAAAUGGUGAAAAAUGCUAUAAAAAUCACUAUACGCCUUGCACAGUUUUGCACUUUGAACAUUUGUUUACAUUUAUUAAUGUGCAAGGAUACAUGUAGAGUUGCCUGAAGUGCAGGCCUCAAAAGCAAACUGCAGACUUUCCCCACAGUGAAGGUAUUUGUGUUGAAGUCUUAUUUCAUUCACUUCAUUUGCUAGCUUAUAAGGCUGUGCUAUAAUGUCCUGCUGUAUGCAGUGCAUAACAGAACUUGACUGAUACAGGCAGGGUGUGCUUGUGAGACAAACAGCUGGCCUUGUUGCUGUGAGGUGGUUGACUUUCAUGCAAAGGUUGCACAAUGGUGACCUGACCAUCUAUGUAAAACAAGAAUGUAUUUUUGUAAGUAUCCAGUUUAUUGGGUUUUAGAUGGUGUACUGUUGGACUGUCUGCAGGAAACUCUGAAAUUCAUCCAGCAGGAAAUGGAACUACUCUGAAUCCUCACAGCUUGUAUUCCCUGGAGGGAUGCUGAAGCCACAGUAGUACUUGUCUGCCCUGUGGUAAUUCCUAAAACAGAAAAUGCAUCUCGUUUUCAUAUAAAAUGUUUUAAUAAUUUUACGUGUUGAAUAUGUAGAUGUUUUUACUCCCUGUUUAACUCUGUGAGCAGAUUAGGGAUGAUUUCCAUUUUAUGAGUUUUUAUUUUCCAUUUCUGGUCAUGUUAAUAUGAAAGGAGCAGAGAGAAGUAAUGCCUUCGUACCUUAAAAAAUUACACGUAUCCCCUAAGGCAGUAACGAAUCAUGGUCUUUUUGUAGCACAGAGCUCUUAAAAAUUAGUUUUAUUCCCUUGAGUAGCACGUCCAUCACAAAACCUUUUGGCAAGUCAUCAACAUUUAGUUGAACAAAUAAAAACAUUAGCUGGAUUGACUAGAAUUGUGCUUUUCUGUCUGAAUCAUGUUGAGCAGAAUUCUCCCUUUGAUAGAUGAUAAAAAUAUUUUGUUAAUUUUCUCUCUGUAUUGCAACUCAUCUUUCAUGCCCCUCAGACCCAAGUUGGCUGCAGGUGUAGAUGUGAUAGUAUUGCACACUUCAGCCUAUCGAAAAUUUUUAACAAAACUAUAAUCAAACAUGGGUAGCAUUUUAGAUGUCCUUGCUUACCUUUGGAAUUUGGUACUAUAUAUAGCACACUUUAAAAUUGUCCAGUUUGAUAGCGAGUUGGACAUAUUUCUAGUUUAGAAUUUUUCAAAUGAAAUCUGUACUGUUAAGUGUUAUCUCGGGCAUUUUAAUUUUGUAACUGGGUUCAAAUAGCCACAUAUUUUUUGUUUACCACAAGUAAUAUGUUGAAGUAAACUUUUUUUUAAACUAGAAAACCUACACUUCCUUUUUGUUUAAAUAUGAAUUAACCAGAACCCUUCCAUAUUACAUUCUUACUGGAAAUGAUAAGGAAGUUUCCUGAAACGCACUCCAUUUAGAAUGUAAUUGCCAUAAUGGUCUAAUGUCCAGCAGUCAUUAUUUAAAGGAUUACAGCUUCCAGAAAUCUGCUUGCUUUUGUUUUGUCCUAAUUGUUCUUAUCCCUUUCAUAUUAAAAUGCUCUGAAUAUUUGAGUUUCUGGCCAGAAGAGCACUGUUAUUUCCUAAAGACUGAUAAACUUGAUUGGUGGUAUGUUUUCCCUGUUUUAAUUGCAAAUAUUAGUUAAGCCGCAUUGUUUUGUUAGGUGUAUGUCAUUGUCAAGAAAAUUGCUUUGCUUGCUUGUGAAUAUUUCUGAAGUACCAUACCUUUCUUUUUGGACCAUGGUAUGUUAAUUGAAACUGAGAUUCUACUAGGCACACCUUUUUCUGUAGUUGUUAUACUUAAAUUAUCUUCUAUAUGAGAUUGUGGUAAUCCAUUGGUUACCCAUGCUACUUCUGUCUGCAGUCAAGUCUGUGAAAAAUCACUGUAGUGAUGAGGGAUCUGUGCAGCAUUGCAGUUCGGCAAAUGUCUUUCAUUAGCUUGCACUAAGUUUAGCUUCUACAUUGUGGAGUUAAUUAAAUCACCUUAAAACAUUAUUUUUAAUUGUUUGUUGCAAUGUAGUUGAAUUUACAAAUUAUCUAUUUGCAUUCAUUGAAUUGCAUUGUUGGUCACUUCCCAGUCAUUGCAGCUGGGUCAUGGCUUUGAUUUUUAUUUAAAAAAUUUAUACAAGUUUAAAAGAUCCAUAACUUUGCAUUUAUUAUGAGUGCAAGGUAUUGAAAGAAUAGCUUGCAUCUAGUACAUGAUGAUAUCUUCAUUUCGGCACAGGCAGUACUGCAAAUGUUUAUUGUUGACAAAUGUACAUGGUACGGUUAAUAAACAUUUGCUAGCUUAAUCAGUUUUGUUGGGCAGCAUAUAAAAUAUGAAUAUUUGUGUAUGAUGUGGAUAUUUUUCAUGCAAUACUCUGAAAACUGUAGUCAGCCUGUUACUGAAAUACCAGUAGUCAGAGGUCAUGGGCCAGGCAGAACUUAAUGUUUUUCCAUUUUCCAGGCCACAGUUUGAAAUUAAAUAUUUUUUAGUUUCAUUGUCAUUGCCCUUGCCCAGCCUUCACACCCUUCAGGUUUGGUUUCUUCUUUUAAAGUUUUGAUUGCACCUACAGGUCACAGGUGCUGCUGCUGACAGAGCCAUCAUCAUGUCUACAGUGCUUUCCAUAAUCAGGUUUCUUAGGUAUAUAGGACUGUCUCUAGCACAGCACUGCUUUGUCUUCCAUCCUUAGCCACUGAAGACAUGCCCAUAUGUGCUUUCAUGUUCCAUGUCAAAAGUAAGAUUAAAAAGCCUACUGCUAGUAAGACUAGUUCAGAUCUUGGAUACUGACUUUUCCUCACAGCAGUAUUUUCUCCUCAGGCAAGCUAUCAGCAGACUAUUCUCCAUCUGGCCUCUUCUCAUUCUGUGCAGUCACUAUGGCAUCACCUGAUAACAUUCCAAA